AUGAAAUCUGUAUAUCUGGAUGAACUUGCAGGCAACGAGAAAGUGAAGGGAAAAUACGGACAACUCACCUACAGCAUCCAAUAUGACAUUCGAUUGGCAAAGCUUACCGUGAUCGUCAUAGAAGCGAACAAAUUGAACAUUCUUCCCGAAAAUGAAUUGUUAGACACCUACGUGACUGUGAAACUUGCUUCUGGAAAGCAUGGUAGAUUGGAGCAAAUUGGAAACAUUCAGAGAACGGACAUACAACGACGAACCAUGCUUCCGCGUUGGCAUUUUCAGUGCAAGUUCGAUCUGAAAAUGGACGACCUGAAAUAUGCUAUCUUGAUUUUUGAGAUAUUUGAUUACGACAGUAUCGGACAGGAUAGAAGCAUUGGGCGCCUGACCACCAAUUUGGCCAACCUUGAUGUUGGUGCCUACGUUGGUACACCGCUCGAGAACACUGAAUGGUUGAAAGCUGGUGAGCCGAAGUUCUUGGGUCUUGGAGAAACGUGUAUUGGUUUAAACUACCACCAUGCGCUAGAGCGCCUUGAAUGCCACGUAUACGAAGCCAGAUGCCUACACGUAAGUGAGUAUCUGAGUGCCAACAAACACCAGAAAAUUAGUGUACGCGUAAACUUACGCUGUAAAAGACAUUCGCUGGGUUCCUUCGAGACCCAUUCGCAGAAGGAGUUGACCAAUCCCUAUUUCAAUGAGAAAUUCAGCUUCCAUCUGAACGUAAAACAACUACCAGAUGCGAAACUUGUUUUUCACUUGCGCAGCCGAGGUACCUAUGGGAGAAAGUGUGUUCUGGGUAGCUUCACAAUUGGUCCAAAUACAGACAUGUCAUCCGGUGCCAAACAUUGGGAGGAAAUGGUUCAAAACAGUCCCAGGAGCCAUGUGAUGUGGCACACGUGGAUUCCGAAAGAUUUCUGA